AUGGAAGAGCCAGUAUUCUAUACCUGGUUUUCUAAACAGUUUCUAAAAGAGACAAAAAAUAUCAAACGCCCUUUAUUAUUGAUAAUGGAUAAUCACCACUCACAUUUAUCCUAUAGAAUAAUGAAACUGGCACUCGAUAAUGAGGUACAUAUUCUUGAUCUGCCUCCACAUACCACAUCUCAAUUGCAACCACUAGAUGUUUAUACUCUCAAAAUCGUUAAAACAGAAUGGAGAAAAAUACUGCGCGAAUAUUAUCUUAAAACAAAUGCUGACAAAUCCGUGUUUCCGUUGUUGUUCAAGAAGUUGUACACAAAUGCAUUACGUCCAGCAUAUUGUGCCGGCGGAUUUGCUAAGGCCGGUGUCUUCCCUUAUGACAAACGGGCUAUACCUCGAGAAAAAAUAUCGUAUUCAACGCCAUCGUCAUCAUUGAAUAGUCGAUCGAAUUUAACAAGGGCAUUGUCGACUGAAUAUCUGAUAUCUGUUGCAGUUGAGGAUCAAAUAGAAGAAAUAACAGAUGAUAAUCGAACGGUAGAUGAUAGGCGAAUGAUAAACAACAAUGUAAUUGGAUAUCGUCGGUUAAGAAGAUCUCCAUCAGCUCCAACUCUCAGUUACACUCUAGAUGACAAAACCGUUCAAUCAUCCAUAUCGUCAGCCUCUUCUACUUCAUUAUCAAUGGAUCCUUCACUAAUUGAUCAAACCAAUAGUUCGUUAAUAACUACUACAUCUGUUGUUUCUGCUUUAAAAUCGUCUGUCUCGAAAACGUCAUCAAUAAUUGCCUCGUCAUUUUCAUUACUUAAUGCAUCGCAAGUGUUAAAACAAUUAAAAGCUUGGUCGAACCUAUGGUUCGUGCUUAUUGAUCCAAAAUGCUAUAACGACAACCUUACAACGUUAACGUUAAAUAAUUAUUUAACACCGACAGUUGUACGUGAUACUCAACGAAAAGCCAUGAUUCCUAGAAAUUCCGGUGAGAGUUGA